AUGUUGCCGAAGCGAAAUCCGACUACUGAGCUCUUGUGCGACUUUUACACGACCCGUUGCAGGUCGUUGGCCGCCGUGAGUCCUUUGACGGGUCGUAGCAGGUUGGCCCGGGACUCUCUCUGGAGGGCCUCUUGGGGACGAGCAACGCUUCGCAUCGGCAUUCGGCCUGGAUUUUGUAGAUCUUUCGUCGUCGAGGAUGCAGGCGGCAUGUACAUGGAAGACAAUUCCGAGCUCACGGCCAGGGUUGAACAGUUCAAGACAGGCAUCGCGGCCAUGGAGAAAUCGCUCUUCGCAGAGGCGAAGGCAAAGAUAUAUUCCCUCAAGGCAGGGCGGGCUCAGCUGGCAGCAAGGAUGGCGGCCAAGACGAGGCGCGCGGGGGAGUCGGCCGAUGGAGUUGCAGGAGAAGCGCCGCAGCAGCCAGCAGGUUCUCCCCAAGCCGCCGCGGAUACGGCCGUUCCUGCCGAGCCCGUUGGCGGGGCACCACAGCCCGCUGCUGGACAGGCCGUUCCCGCCGCCCCUUCGACGGCGACUGCCGCGGCGACGACGGCACGCUCGUCGCGCGCCGACAGGAAUGCCGCCGGUAGCUGUUCUGACCCCCCCCCUGGGUCGAACACGUUCAAUGCUGGCCCCCAGGCCCUCGGGAUCCGCAUUCGAAGGGCUGGCCGCUCCCUGGGCGCCAGGUUCACGUGA